GAAGCACAGUGACACUGACAGAGAGAGAGGGAGCAGUGCAGAGCUGAGCUGAGCUGAGCUGAAGUUCCAGUACACAGAGCAGAAACACAGAGAGCAGCGUACCGUCUCAGAAACCAGGCUUUAAAACGAACACGAGCGGAGAAGACCCAGGGAAAGAGACUCAGAAAUCUUUAAUCUGCGGGAGAAGAGGCCAACACAGCCAGACCUGAGGGGAAAAUCUCCCAUCACACAACUAGAGAAAUCAUCGUCUUCGGUGAAAGCCAGAUCUGCAUUCUUUCUCUCAAAGGCAGCAGCUGCUGACUCCACAGUCAGUCCCAUAAAACAAGGUGGUGUGAUACAAGAAAGCUCCACUUCUAAAAAGCAAGCAAAACCAAGCAAGAUGGCUGACAAAACCCGACACGUAAAGGUUUCAUAUGGAUCCAAUGAGGAGGAUGUGCCCCUUCCUCCUCCCCCUCCCCUGCCCAGAAUGGAGGGCUCAUCUGUUAUUGGGGACCAAGGUCAAUCGUUGCCUAUUCCUCCACCAAAGGAAACAUUCUCCUCGUUUUACCAACAGCGUCACAAAAGCGAGCUGAAAAGGCUCUUUAAACACAUUCACCCAGAGCUUGGUAAAAACCUGGAUGAUGUUGUGGAUGAGGAGCUGGUGGAAGUGUUGAAUUCAGAAAACACACAAACCUCAGCAGAGGCAGGGGGCGAGGUCCAAUCCAUGAGGUGGAUCUUUGAAAACUGGACUCUGGACAACAUUGGAGAUCCUCACGCUACUAAAAAACUGCUUGAGGAAGAAGCUCUACAGGGGGGUGAUGUGAGAGGUACUUCGUCGAUGUUCGAGUCCCAUGAAUUAGACAGCGCUCAGUUUUCCACCUCCACUUCAAGGAGAAGCCAAGUCAAAGGAGAUGUUCACACAGCAACAUGGCUGUUUGAAACUCAACCCAUGGACUCUCUUAACAAAAUCAGUCCAGAGGAAGGAGAGCUGGUGGAGGCCGUGCUGAAGGAACCCAUCCCAAGAGGAGAUGUGAGAGGUGCAAGAUUGUUGUUUGAGUCAAAGCCCCUUGAUGCCCUCGGCCGCUGCAACUCCAUUGAGGAUCACAGCUUCCUCAAGCUGAAGUCAGAGAUUCAGGAGCAGAAAGGAGAUGUUCAGAAGACAGUAAAGCUCUUCCAAGCAGAGCCCUGCUGUGCCCUCCAGGACAGCCAUGGAAACAUCCAUGAGAUCAAGUCCAUCUGUCGUGAAGAAAUCCAGACCAGUAAUGUCAGAACAGCCCGCUGGCUGUUUGAGACGCAGCCCCUGGAUGUCAUAAACAAGGACAUGUCCGGGGUGCAAAUCAUUCGUGGGAUCUCGUUGGAGGAGGCUCAGAAAGGUGGGGUUGACAGCAAGAGAUGGAUGUUUGAAACCCAGACCUUAGACUCCAUUCAUGAGAAUAUCCAGGAAGACCAAUUCAAAGGCACUGUGGAGGUUGUGGAAGCAGCCGACGUUGGGAGCAAGCGGCAACUUUUUGAAACACAGCCUCUGGCUGCACUGAAAGGGGAGCCCACAGGGGAGGCUCCAUCGAAGGAGGAGGUAAUUGGAGGAAAUGUACAAUCCAGCCUUUGGCUGUUUGAAACCCAGCCCAUGGAGACCCUGAAGGAAAACUAUGAGGUUGGACAUCUGCAGAAAGUUACGGUUUCUGAGGAUGAAAAGGGAAUGGUGAAAAACAAAAAGCUCACAUUUGAGACCUGCACCUUAGAUGCAAUCAACAAAGAAGAAGCUGAUGGAGAAUCCAAAGGUGAAGCCCAGGAGAUACUCAGGGGUGAUGUUAAAGUCUACAAGAACCUCUUUGAAACCAUUCCACUCGGCACUAUUUCACACCCUGAGAAUUUGCAAGUUGAAAAUUCUUACGACAUCACAGCUGGGGAUGUGAAAGGCAACAGAGCGUUAUUUGAGGCCGCACCUCUGUAUGCUAUCAAAGACUGGUCUGGGAACUUUCACAAGGUCACAACCGUGAGCAGGGAGGAAUCCAUCAACGGAAAUGUCCAAAACUACAAAUGGAUGUUUGAAACCCGACCUCUGGACCAGUUUGAAGAUGAGCAGGAAAAUGUGGAGGUCAUUAGAGGCAUCACCAGACAGGAGGAGCAAGCUGGUGAUGUCAAGACAGCAAAAUGGCUUUUUGAAACACAGCCUCUUGACUGCAUCCAUUCCACAGUCAACCAGGCAGAACAGCAUUCAUCUGUGCAGAAGAAGGAAUCACAAGGAGGGGAUGUGAAGACAUGCAAGUGGCUAUUUGAGACACAGCCUAUGGACAUUUUAUAUGAAAAAGCUGAAAAGAAAUCAGAAGAAGAAAUAAUUCCAAAAUCGGAUGUGAAAUCCCACACAUGGCUUUUUGAGACACAACCUCUGGAUAGCAUAAAAGACAAUGAGGAGCAUCAUUUGAAAUUGUGCAGCACCUUUCAGGAUGAAACAAAGAGGGAUGUCAAUGUGAAAACAGUGAAGCACCUUUUUGAGACAGAGACAUUGGACCACCUUGCAAUGACGACUGAUGCAGAGCAAGAUGUCCGGUAUGUCAGCAAAGUUGAUGUGCAGUCGGGAGAUGUUUCUCGAGUCAAAGAAAUCUUUGAGUCAAAGUCCCUUGAUGAAAUAGGCCUGUCAUCUGUGAGGGUUUCAGAAACCCUGAGUGAAGAGGACCAGGGUGAUAACAUCCAGGCAGGCUCUGUCCACAAAUUUACUUGGCUUUUUGAGAACAAUCCAAUUGACAGCUUGAAGGAUCAGGAGGAUGGCAACACAAACAAAUUCACAGUCAGUGAUGUUGAAGGUGGAGAUGUUGGCAGUAAAAAGUUUAUAUUUGAGACCUUCUCACUGGACAAGAUCCAGGAUAAGGACAAGCUUCUUGAGCACUCCUCUGUCUUUGUGGAACAGCCUAUGAGUAUGAGUAAUGUAAAUGUAAAAUCGAGUACGAUGCAGUUUGAAUCCCAGCCUCUGUAUGCCAUUAAAGACAAAGAUGGACAAUUCCACGAAGUUACCACUGUUAAAAAAGAGGAGGUCAUGAGUGGAGAUGUCAGAGGAGCUCGAUGGAUGUUUGAAACAAAGCCCCUCGACACAAUCAAGCCCCAGGAGGAGAUUUUUGUUAUACGAGCAGUGACCCAGGAGGAUGUCCUGAAAGGUGAUGUUAAAUCAGCCAGAUGGAGGUUUGAAACACAACCGCUGGAUUCCCUCAUGACCCGAGAGACACCCAUGGUCAAAACAGUGGAGGACAUUCAAAAAGGUGAUGUCCAGCUGAAUAAACAGCAUUUUGAAUCUCAAGCAACUGCCAAAAAUAAGUAUGUGAGGAUGGUGAGUGUUACGGAUGUCCAGCAAGGUGAUGUCAGAACAUCCACUUGGCUUUUUGAGAAUCAACCCAUUGACUCCCUCAAGGGGGAACUUAUCGAGACAGCUCCUGUGAAAACAGUGCACAGAGAGGAUGUUCAAAAAGGAGAUGUGAAAAGAAGCACCUGGCUAUUUGAAACACAGCCACUAGACACACUCAAGGAUGCUGAUUCCAUUACCAACAUCACCGGUCAAGAGGAACUUCCACAGGCAGAUGUGAAGAGCACAACUUGGCUGUUUGAAUCAACACCUCUUGACAAAAUCAGUUUUCAAUGCAGGGAACAGUCAGUCACCUAUGAAAGUGUGAAAGAGACUUUAUGCUAUCUCUCAGCUUUCAAUGCCAUUCAUUCUCAUGGAAUUGUGAUUGAAGCCAAUGAGUCCCAAAGUGUAAAAAUGGCCAAAUACCAUUACACAAGCAGUGAGGGACCAAAAAUUCAAAAGGAAGAGAUAGUUGAAGGGAACAUCAAGAAUAUCAUGCUGCAGUUAUUAUACAGAACAAACCUGACACCACAGGUAAUGCUCCUUAAAGAAGAUGAAAAAGGACAUGUGCAAGCCACCAAAGUAGAGAUGCCAACCCAGCAAACCACAUCAAGUGCCAAACAAGACGAGGGAAACAAGAUGGAAACUGUAGCUCAUGUUAUUGAGAAUCUUCUCAGUCAAGAUAUGUCUUUGAAAAGAGGAAUUGUGAUACAAGAAACUGAAAGUGGUUAUGCGGAGAUGACUGUCUACUCACUCCAUGUUCACAUCGAAAAUACAGAAGAGAGCUGUGAAAUAAUAAAAGGAGAUGUGAAGUCUACCAUUGGCACCCUAUUAGCCACUGCCCAAGAUCAGAGGACCCAAGCAUCAUACCGACCAGAGCAAAGUGAAAAAGGAAAUGUCAAUCUGUACAGGAAUUGCAUUGAGAAAGGUGACCUACAAUAUCUAAAAAGCCUUCAAGUGGAAACAUCCGAAGAUGAACUUGACUCUGCCUCAAAAGAUCAGAUUGAAAUUGUGCAGGGAGAUGUGAAGGAAGCAAAGAGACACCUCAACCAACAAAAGGAACAAGUAGAGAGAACAGUACUGGACAUUGUACCUGGUGAUGUGAAGAAUGCCAAGAAGGUCUUUUCCUCUGAAGGUUCAAUUGACCAGUCCAAUUGCAUGCAGAAAGAGGAGGUAAUUCCGGGAGAUGUUUCCUCUGCAAAGCAGUCACUUGGGGAAGUCAUCAAGCAGCCAUUUGUAGUGGAAAAGGAGGAGAUAGUAUCAGGUGAUAUUAAGGCUACUAUGCAGUCUCUGGAACGAGCCAAAGAACAGAGCAUGCGGGUGGAGCGUGAAGUCAUCAAUCCGGGAACCAUCUAUGACCUGGAUCUUACAUCACAGGAAACCUCUGCAGAAGAAACAAACAGAGCCCAGCAGCAUGUCACAGUAACAAAGGAAGAAAUUGUGUCAGGUGAUGUCAAGGCUGCAAAGAAAUCUCUGGAGAGAGCGAGAAAAUACAGCAACCAUGUGGACCGUGAAGUUAUUGUUCCAGGAAAAAUAUAUGAUCUGAAUCUUCCAUCCCAAGAACAAUCUUCCUUUACAGAAAAGCAACAGAGGACCCAGACAGACGAGGCCUCUUGUGAAAAACUAGAAAUGGGGAAAGCAUGCCAAGUGAAAUCUGUUGAGGUUAAGUCAAACGAACAAAGAUCCAACCUUCAAGCAUCUACACAGAGCCUCAGCCAGACCUCAAGAGAAGUUAAGGUCAUUCGACAGGCAACACAAGAGAAUCAUCACAUAGUUGUCCAAGGAAAGCAACAAGUUGUUUCUCAGGAACACUCCGCACAAAAGAAGCAGGUCACUUCUCAGAAGACUACAAGUGUCCAGCAAGCGAGGAGCCAGCAGACAUCAGUGCAGUUCACUCAAAAGAAGGAAACUCAUGCCUCAACAUCAAAGCAGUCUACAUCAUCUUCAAGGAGCCAGCAGGUCAUCUCAGCUAAUCAAAAGUUUCAGUGACUUAUGGAGAGCAACCAGCCACCCCAGCACUGAAUUUGACACCAGUAGCAGACCCCUGUCCUGAUGACAACUCAGAGAAACCACCCAUUUCUUCUGCUUUGACAAGUAAACCCAAGAGCCCACCACCACU